AUGACAGUAAAACCAGAAGUGAGUUUAAGAGAUUGUGUGGUUAUGACAACAGAGCCAAACAUAAAUGCACAGAAGAAGGCAGAAAAGACAAUUGAGGAACUUAGUAGAACAGAAGGCUUUUUGACAGGAUUAUUACACCUCUCAUCAAAGGAUGAAGACCCGUCUGUUAGAUUGCUGUCUGCUCUCUAUUUCAGAAGAUAUUUAGAAAAGUUUUGGAAAUUGGACGGGUUUGAUAAGGCCAUGAUAAUUAAGGAAUUUCCGUUCAUUCUGCUGUCUGCGUCGAAGGAGGGAGAAAAGCAGCUUAUUGUGACACUGCACUUUAUUUUAAAAGAAGAGGAAGUGGAGCAGUGGGGGCCAAUUAUUAAAAAGGUGGAGGAGUUUAUAAAAAGCAAUGACCAGGCAGUUAUAAUGGUGGGACUCAAAAUGCUUAACAAAAUAAUAAUUUCGUUUAUCGAGGAGUACAAGACAGAGAAGCACUUUGAGACUAUUUUGGACAAUUUAGGCGGAGACAUUAUGAAUAUUAUAGUGGCUGCCAUAAAAGAGGGAAACCACGUGAUGGCUGCAUUUGGAAUGAAGAUUUUAGGGCACUCAUGCGAAAGCUACUUGCUUCCAAAUGUGUUUAAGGAUCCCAUGUUUGUUCAGACUCUGCUGAGCGUGAUAGAGAUGAACAUAAACACACUUUAUGAGCAUCCAUCAGCUAUUAAGUGGUCAUUUAUGGUGCUUACCGGCCUUUUAAAGAAGAUAAAGAAGAAGAAGGAGGCGCCUGCAUUCGAGCUCUUUGCACGAAAGGAUGUUCUGGUUCUGCUGUACAAGAAGGCAAUUAAUAUUCUUUCUUUGUACACAAGAACAGGAGCAUCUCCAAAGAUAGAGGCGCUGUCCUUUGAGCUGAUUAAGAACAUAAUAAACAAGGACGUAGGCUGGCAGGCGGUGAAAAAGGACACUCCAAUGAUCACUACGCAGUUUAUUCUUCCUGCAGUUUCAUUUACAAAGGACCUGGAAGAGUCCUGGGAGAGCAGUCAAAUAGACUUUAUGCGGGAAAAUGAGGCCAGAUACAUUAAGAAUGCAAGUAGCAUGGCAAGUGAAUUGUUCUUGGAAAUUGUUAAAAAGACAAGCCAGUCUCCAGAUGAAAUGAGGUACAUAAUCGGUGCGAUUAUUAACGAAAUCUCUUCGUACACACUGAGCCCAACAUCAGAGAAUAUUAGACUGCGAUACGGUGGGCUCACUCUUUUCAAGAUAGCAGGCAAGUACAUUCACUCGAAUAACGACAUGUUUAACAUUGUGCUGAACGACAUAAAGGCACCGCAGUCAAUUAUACAGUACAUUGCAUUCUCUACGUUGCAGUAUCUGAGCUACUAUAGAACAGUGCCAGUUUCUGUGCUUGAGCCAUUCUUGGCUGCUGUUAGAUCCAAAGACCUAGGAGUGGUUGUAGAAAGUGUGCUUUGUCUGCCACAGCUGCUAACCAUUCCUGAGAUACACACACACCUUAAGGGAACUAUUCCAGGGUUUAUUAAGCUUCUGCUGGACCUCUCUAACAAAAUACAGAUUGAGGCACUCUCUACUGCGCUUGAAGACGUGAUUAUGCAGUGCACAGAAGAGGCUCUUGAAAUAGCACCAGCAAUUUCAGAGGCAAUUUGCAACUCAAUAAUCCAGCUGCUCAAGCAGGGCGCAGAGGAAGAGGAGGACGAUGCACCAGAGGAGAGGUACGAAGUUAUUGAUGGAUACGUAAGAACUCUGAUCACACUUAUUGAGUCUUUAGAUAAGUCGCCAGAUAGCAUCCGUGCUAUGAUGGUCUCCAUCAAAGAUAUGAUCAUUGUAAUUGGAACUAACUACCAGGAGUUCUUCCCAGACAUUUUCUCUCUUCUAGUCGUGUCUUCAUACGCUCUUAAGUGUGUGGAUGGAAUGUACGAAAUAUUAGAACUUAUACUGAAGAUGCCCAUUGAUGAUCUGGCAAUCUACCUUAACGAGCUUUCCAGUGUGCUGGAUAACUUCAUUACAUACGGAAAGGAGCACAUGAUUAAGUACAUAGAGCCAAUAUUCAGAAUUCUUAAUGAAAUGAUGCAGGAUGUAAUUACAGAAUACGACUUCCCAUACCUCUGCAGGAUAAUUGAAAGCAUCCUCUUGAACAUGUCCCAGGCAAUGGGCGACAAGCUUGGCGGAUUUAUUAAGGCCGCAAUUUCUCUUGUACUCUCUGAUAAAGAAAUGCUUACAAGCAACGGGUCUUUGAUAUCCGCCGUGGAAAUAGUCCUUUGCUCAGUGAUUCUCAUGCCGGGUGGAACUCUUGGUCUUCUACAGGAGACAAACGAGCUUGCAUUUAUUAUGAGCAGUUUAGAGGCAACAUACAAAAAGUUUGAAAGAGUGCACGACCUUAAACUGCUCCUGCUGUUCACUGGUAUUCUGUUCUCACAGGCAGAGGGAUCUCUUCCACCACAAAUAUCAGUCCCUACGAUUAUGAAGAUCUUUAUUUACGUGAUUGAGGUCUUCCCGAAAGCACUUUCCAGAAGAGAGGCGCUUAAAAACCAAGAAGAGGAAGAGGACUAUAACAUUGAAACAGACAGUGAAUACGGAGAAGGCCAGUACUUCGAUGAAGACCCAUCCUUUGAAACUCCUCUGGAUGCGAUAAAUCCAUUUGAGUAUGCUAGAAACAUAUGCAGCUUAGGACAGGGAACUGUUAUAGCAGCCGCAUGGAGAAACUUGUCUGAAUCAGAUAGACAGACCAUCAUAUCUCUGAUUCAACAGAAAUAAUAAAUAUAAAGUGACAUUAAAUAUCAGUCUACCUGCGCCCAGCCUGGACUUUAUUAAUCCAGGGCAGCAGAGUAUAAAUCCUC